AAAUGAAUGGUUGGUUCACAGUGUCUCCGAAACAUUUACUUGCAGCCACAUUGCGGAACGUAAAUCGCGAAGUGAUGAAACUGCACGAACGAAUGACUGCUGUUGAGUUGUCCUUGAACGCGCUGCAUGCACUUCAGGCGCCAUGUUCCAGCAACGCGUGUCCAUUUCCAUUAACAAUGGAUACAAUAGCGCAACUGUCAUUUUUAAAUAAUGCACUGGAGAACGCUGAGUUCAUGAACAGCAUGGUGCACCAUUUAUCCAACGUAAGCGGCCGGACAACCUCAGAAAGUGUGCGGAACGUCAUGCUUACUUGCAUGACUAACAACUUGGUCAGACAUGUGAACUGGCGUGGUGUGCAUGAGAAGUAUAAAAUAGCGAACACACCAUU